AAAGAUUUUUGUUGUUGUUGCUUAACUCUUCUGUGUCUUUACAGAUUUUUUUUAGGGAGGGCAGUUUGAACUAUCCAAUACUUGAAAAGAUGGUUUUUACAUCUUCUAUAUUCAUAGUGGAUUGUUCUAUAUCUACUAAGUUUUGUAGGACUUACUUUAUAUAUUUUAGCCUACUAUUAAAUACAUGCAAGGUUAGAAUUAUUAUAAUUUUAUUGGCUUACAGGGAAUCUUGUGUCCUCUGUACUUUCACCCUCAUCUCCCAUUCCUGGAUUAUUUUGAAGCAAAUCCUGGUCAUCAUAUUUCAUCUGUAAAACAUAAUAAUAGUUACUAUAUUAUUAUCUAUUUCAUUUAAUGUUAAUAUUAGUUCUUAAGAUUUUUUGGUGACUGUAAUGCUCAUUUAACUUUCCUUAUUUCAUGGCAUGUAUAUUUUGAGUUUACAUCCUAUAAUACUUUCUUUCUUCCAGCAUUUUUUUGUGAAGCAAAUGUUAAACAAUUAUAUUUUGGUGGAUACUAAAAAGUUGAAAGGCUUAUAGAAUGAACACCUGUCAGUCUACCACCUACAGUCAGCAUUUAGCUCUGUGCUCCAUAUUCUUUAUCACUUACUUAUCCAGCUGUACAUUGCUCUCUCCAUCCAUAAGUCCAUCUUCCUUUUGAUGCUCUUUAAUAUUGGAGACAUCAUUAUCCUUUACUGAUAAACACUUCAGCAUGCAUAUCAAUAAGUAAUAUUACAAUGUUUCUUUGUGGUUCUUCUUAGGACUUAUGUAAGAUGCAUAAAUCUUAAGUGUAACAUUCAGUGAGCUUUGACAUAUGCAUAACUUUAUGUAAUCUGGACCCCUAUGACAACACAUAACAAUUACUUUCACCCCAGAAGUACUCUUAUGCCUUUUUCCAGUCAUUUCCUGCCCCCACAUCCACCAGAGAAAAUCACUAUUUGGAUUUUGUUCAAUAUGCCUUAAUUUCACCUAUCUUAGAACUUCUUGUAAGUGGAAUUACACAGUAUACUCUCUGUCAGAAAAUUAGCAGGUUGAUUUUUUUUUUAUGGUUAUUGUUGUUGACUUUGUCCUGUUGUUUCCCAAAAAAGCAGGUUCAUACAGACUGUGGAGUUCUUUCCCAUUCCUUGCUUCCCACCACCCCAUAAAAAAUGUGGGGGCAUCCACUGAGAAAUUUGGAGCCGGUGUGAGUUUUCAUGGGAAUAUAUGCAGAACAUGUCCUGCGGCCCAAGAAUCUUGGACUUGCACAUCAGAGGCAACAGCAACUACAAUUUUCUGAUCAAAGCUUCCAGAGUGACACAGCUGAAGGUCAAGAGAAAGAAAAAAGCUCUAAGCCCAUGGCAUUUUCCAGCCCACCCCUAAGACAUGCAGUAAGCUCAAGGAGGAGGAACAGCGUAGUGGAAAUAGAGUCUAGUCAAGGCCAGAGGGAAAAUCCUACAGAAAUAGACAAAGUAUUGAAAGGAAUAGAAAAUUCAAGAUGGGGAGCAUUCAGGUGUGCAGAGCGUGGGCAAGACUUAAGCCAGAAGACGAUAGUAAUCAUACACAAAAAAGCACAUUCCAGGCAGAAACUUUUUACAUGCAGGGAGUGUCACCAGGGCUUUAGAAAUGAGUCAGCAUUGCUCUUGCACCAGAAGACACACACAGGAGAGAAGUCCUAUGUAUGCAGUGAGUGUGGGCGAGGCUUCAGCCUCAAGGCAAAUCUCCUCAGACACCAGAGGACACACUCAGGAGAGAAGCCUUUUCUGUGCAAGGUGUGUGGACGAGGCUACACCAGUAAGUCAUACCUCACUGUGCAUGAGAGAACACACACAGGAGAGAAGCCUUAUGAAUGCCAGGAGUGUGGGCGAAGGUUUAAUGAUAAGUCCUCAUACAACAAGCACUUGAAGGCACAUUCAGGGGAGAAGCCUUUUGUGUGCAAGGAGUGUGGGCGAGGCUAUACUAAUAAGUCAUACUUCGUUGUGCACAAGAGAAUACACUCAGGAGAGAAGCCUUACAGAUGCCAGGAGUGUGGCCGAGGCUUUAGCAAUAAGUCACACCUCAUCACACACCAGAGGACACACUCAGGGGAGAAGCCCUUCGCGUGCAGGCAGUGUGAGCAAAGUUUUAGCGUGAAAGGAAGUCUCCUCAGACACCAGAGAACACACUCAGGGGAGAAGCCUUUUGUGUGCAAGGAUUGUGAGCGAAGCUUUAGCCAAAAGUCAACUCUCAUCUACCACCAGAGAACACACUCAGGGGAGAAACCUUUCGUUUGUAGAGAAUGUGGGCAAGGGUUUAUUCAGAAGUCAACUCUCGUGAAACAUCAGAUCACACACUCAGAGGAGAAACCUUUUGUGUGCAAGGACUGUGGACGAGGCUUUAUCCAAAAGUCAACCUUCACAUUACACCAGAGGACACACUCAGAGGAGAAGCCUUAUGGAUGUCGGGAGUGUGGGCGAAGGUUUCGGGAUAAGUCCUCGUAUAACAAGCACCUGAGGGCACACUUGGGAGAGAAACGUUUUUUCUGCAGGGAUUGUGGGCGAGGCUUUACCUUGAAGCCAAAUCUCACCAUACAUCAGAGGACACACUCAGGAGAGAAACCCUUCAUGUGCAAGCAGUGUGAGAAAAGUUUUAGUUUGAAGGCAAAUCUUCUUAGACAUCAGUGGACACACUCAGGGGAAAGGCCAUUUAAUUGCAAGGAUUGUGGGCGAGGCUUCAUCCUAAAGUCAACUCUCCUCUUCCACCAGAAGACACACUCGGGGGAGAAGCCUUUCAUCUGUAGUGAAUGUGGGCAAGGAUUUAUCUGGAAGUCAAACCUUGUGAAACACCAGCUUGCACAUUCUGGCAAGCAGCCUUUUGUAUGCAAGGAGUGUGGGCGAGGCUUCAACUGGAAGGGAAAUCUCCUCACACACCAGAGGACACACUCAGGGGAGAAGCCCUUCGUGUGUAAUGUGUGUGGACAAGGCUUCAGCUGGAAGAGAAGUCUCACCAGACACCACUGGCGGAUACACUCAAAGGAGAAGCCUUUUGUGUGCCAGGAGUGUAAGCGAGGCUAUACCAGUAAGUCAGACCUCACUGUGCAUGAAAGAAUACACACAGGAGAGAGGCCUUAUGAAUGCCAAGAGUGUGGACGAAAGUUUAGCAAUAAGUCAUACUACAGUAAGCACUUAAAGAGACACUUACGUGAGAAGGGUUUUUGUACAGGGAGUGUGGGUGAGGCUUCAUCUUGAAGCCAUAUCUCACCAGCCAUCAGAGGACACACACAGGAGAGUAACUUUGCUUUGUUACAAGCUUCAGUUGAGGCUGCAUAACUUGUUUGUGAAGAUAUAACAAAGGCAGACAGAAUCCAGAGGGCCACAGAGAACCUGAAUUCAACCCAUGUGUCCCCAAGAGAUUCGGAGAAAAGAGGUCAAUGUUUAAGGAACAGAGAUGCCAGUUGAGGGGAGGGCAUUAUCUGGGCUAUUGGGGAAAUAUGGUCUCUUUCCUACUGAGCACAUGUUCUUGUAUUUGUGCCAGGCUGUGCUUUCUAAGGACUGCUCUUAGCCAGUGACUGCAGAGCAGGGAUACCAAGGGAGGUCUGUUACAAUCUCCCCAACCUCCUUGGACUGCAGGCAAUCUAGGACACCACCAAACCUCUUCUUGCACUUUCCUUCCCUCUGGCUGCCCUCCCAGCCUUCCUUGGUUUGAAUGUCCUUAAUUUAUGUUGAAACGCUACAUAAACUGUUUACUGUUGAAACAGUGUGACAGUAUUAGGAAGUGGGACCUUUGGGAAGUGAUUAAGUCAAGUCAUGAAGAUAGAGUUUUUGUGAAUGGGAUCAGGUGCCCUUAUGAAAAGGCUUGAUAGAGGGAGUUUGUCCUGUGGCCCUUCUAUUUUCUGCUCUGUGAGGACACAAUGCUCCUCCCUUCCAAAAGAUGCAGCAUGAAGGCAUCAUCUUAGAAACAGACAUGAGCCCUCAACAGACAAUUGAACCUACUGAUAUUUUGAUGAUGAACUUCGCCUCCAGAACUCUGGGAAAAUAAAGUCCUCUUUAUACAUUUCCUA